AUGGGACGCGAUGGGAUCCUCGCUCAGCGUCACAAUUCGAUUGCUGCACCACAGUCGGAACGUUUUGACGUGACCGAGGAGUUGGAUCAAAAUCGUCUUCGCGGAAUUGCUGAAGGAGUUCAAACUUGGUCGAAAAGCUGUGAGCUCAUGAUGACAUCAUCAAAGCAUGGGGACAGAUCUGACUCGAAUAGCAAGAUCCAGUUAUUUCGGGCUUUCGUCGAUAACUUCUGA